GGGGGGAGCCGGCUGUGUGACAGCGGGGCUAUGGCGGCAGGGCAGCCCUACGGGCAGGGUGCCCGGGUCUGGAUUCCUGACUCUAUCCAUGUCUGGAGAGCAGCAGAAAUAACCAAAGGCUAUGAGGAAGGAGACUCCAUCCUGCACCUCCGCCUGGAGGAUGGCUCGCCUCUCGUUUACCCCCUGGGCUCUCAGCUGCCCCCUCUCUGCAACCCUGAGUGCCUCUCAGGCAAGGAUGACCUGGUGGCUCUGAGCCACCUGCACGAGCCGGCAGUGCUGCAUUCGCUCCGUGUGCGCUUCCUGGAGGCCAACGCCAUCUACACCUACUGCGGCAUCAUCCUGGUGGCCAUCAACCCCUACAAGCUGCUGCCCAUCUAUGAGGAUGAGGUGAUCUACGCCUACAGCGGCCGGGAGAUGGGGGAUAUGGACCCCCACAUCUUUGCGUUGGCAGAGGAGGCCUACAGGCAGAUGGUGAGGUUUGGUAGGAACCAGUCCCUCAUCAUCAGUGGUGAAUCAGGAGCAGGGAAAACCGCCUCAGCCAAAUAUGCCAUGAGAUAUUUCACCACGGUCGGGGGUGGUCUGGGGGACUCCAGCAUGGAGGAGAAGGUGCUGGCCUCCAGUCCGCUCAUGGAGGCCUUUGGGAACGCCAAGACUACCAGGAACGACAACAGCAGCCGCUUCGGGAAGUACAUCGAGAUUGGCUUCAGCCAUGCCCGUGUGAUGGGGGCCACCAUCAAGACCUACCUGCUGGAGAAGUCCCGUGUCACCUUCCAGGCAAAAGCGGAACAGAACUACCACAUCUUCUACCAGCUCUGUGCGUCAGCUGCCCUGCCUGAGCUGCAGGCUCUGCAUCUGCGUGGAGCAGAGACCUUCUACUACACCCAGCAGGGCCGCUGCAGCGCAGGCGCUGAUGAUGCAUCUGACCUGGACAGCACGCGGCUCGCCUUCUCCCUGCUGGGUGUCCCUGAGGUUGACCAGCUGGAGCUCUUUGCCGUCCUUGCUGCCAUCCUGCAUCUGGGCAACGUCACCAUCAGAGGGAGGGACCGCCAUGGGGACGGCUGCUUUGUGGAGCCCAACAGUGAGGCCUUGGGGCUGUUCUGUGCGCUGCUGGGCAUCGAGGAGGUGCAGGUGACUCGCUGGCUCUGCCACCGCAAGCUGGUGACGGCGGGUGAGACCUACAUGAAGCCACUCAGCAGGCAGCAGGCGCUGGACUGCCGGGAUGCCCUGGCCAAGCACAUGUAUGGGCAGGUCUUCAGGUGGAUGACAAGCAGGGUCAACCGUGCCCUGCGCUCGCCGGAGGGCCACCACACCUCCAUCGGCAUCCUGGACAUCUAUGGGUUUGAGAUGUUUGACCUCAACAGCUUUGAGCAGUUCUGCAUCAACUACGCCAAUGAGAAGCUGCAGCAGCUCUUCAACCUGCACGUCUUCAAGCUGGAGCAGGAGGAAUACGUGGCUGAGGAGAUCCCAUGGGUCUUCAUUGACUUCUGUGACAACCAGCCAUGCAUUGAGCUCAUCGAGGGUCGACUGGGCGUGCUGGACCUGCUGAAUGAGGAGUGCAAGAUGCCCCAGGGCAGUGAUGGGAGCUGGGCCCAGAAGCUGUACCAGACCCACCUCGGCAGCUCCCACUUCCAGAAGCCCAAGAGGCCGACGGAUGCCUUCAUUGUGUGCCACUUUGCUGGCAAGGUGGAAUAUCAGUGUGAUGGGUUUGUGGAGAAGAACAGGGACACCAUCCCCGAGGAGCUGGUGGGGCUGCUGAGAGCCAGCAAGUCUGUGCUGCUCGCUGAGCUCUUCCUGGAGGAUGGCGAUGGCCCCACAUCCCGCAGGUCCAGUGGGUCCAGGUCCGCCCGCCCCAGCCGCAGGUCAAUUCCUGGUACCCAGAAGAGCAAGAAGUCCAUCUCCAGCCAGUUCAAAUCCUCCCUGCACCGGUUGAUGGAGACGCUGGGCAGCACCACACCACACUACGUGCGCUGCAUCAAACCCAACGACAGCAAGCUGCCCUUUGUCUUUGACUCCAGGAGAGCAGUGGAGCAGCUGAGAGCUUGUGGAGUGCUGGAAACCAUCCGGAUCAGUGCUGCUGGUUACCCCUCCAGGUGGACCUACCAGGAGUUCUUUGAGAGGUACAGGGCACUGCUGAGCAAGGAGGAGCUGGUGGGUGAUGAUGCAAAGCAGAGCUGCAGCCUUGCCUUGGAGAGACUGCUGCAAGACCCCAGCAUGUACUGCUGCGGGAAGAGCAAGGUGUUCUUCCGUGCUGGCCAGGUGGCAUUCCUGGAGGAGCUGCGGUGCCGCCGGCUGCGUGCAGCCUGCACCCUGCUGCAGAGGCACCUGCGGGGCUGGCUGGCACGGCGCCGCUUCGGGCGCAUUCGCGCUGCAGCUUUGUGCCUGCAGCGUCACACCCGGGGCUUGUUGGCACGCAGGCUCACCGCUGAGCUGCGGAGGAGCAGAGCUGCGGUGGUGCUGCAGAAGAACGUGAGGAUGGCGUUGGCUCGGCGCUCCUACCUGCGUGUGCGCCGGGCUGCUCUCACCAUCCAAGCCUUCGGCCGGGGGAUGUUUGCUCGACGCCUCUACCGCCAGAUGGUGCAGCACCAGAAAGCUGUGGUGCUCCAGGCUGCUGUGAGGGGCUGGUUGGCCCGCCUGCACUACAGCCGUCUGCGCAGGGCUGUGCUCUACCUGCAGUGCUGCUACCGCCGGGCGCGGGCGCGCCGUGAGCUGCAGCGGCUGCGGGCUGAAGCGCGCUCAGUAGAGCACUACAAGCAGCUGCACAAAGGCAUGGAGAUCAAGGUGAUGCAGCUGCAGCGCAGGCUGGAUGAGCAGGCCCAGGAGAAGCAGCGAUUGGCAGAGCAGCUCUUGGCACUGAACGCUGCUCACGCUGAGGAGGUGCAGCGGCUGCGGGAGGAGAUGCGGUGGCUGCGGGAGGAUGCGGCACACGAUGCUCAGGUGCAGCGGCUGCAGGAGCGGCUGGCCGAGCUGGAGAGGAACAGUGCUGAGAGCCGCCUGGCCCAGGAGGUGGAGGAGCUCCGACAGCGCCUGGCAGAAGUGGAAGCAGUGAAGCUGCACCUGGGGGAGGAGAAGGAUGCUCUGAUUCAGCGCACCUUGGAGCAGUCGCAGGAUCUAGAAGAGCAGCACCAACGUGCGGCACGGGAGAGCCGGGGGCUGCAGCAGGAGCUGGAGGAGGAGCGGGCGCGCUACCAGAGCCUGGUGCAGGAUUAUGCCCGCCUGGAGCAGGGCUACGAGAACCUGCGGGAUGAGGUGGCCUUCCAUAGGCAAAGCACCUUCAGGCGUUCUCCUUCAUCCGAGAGCUUCCUGGGCUCUGAGAGCAGCUACAUGUCCUCUAUGUCCACCGCCCCUUCUCGGGAUGGCUCUGACCUACAGGCUGAGGGGCAGGAGGAGCGCUGGCAGCCACCAACUGAGGUCCCCCAGCCUCCCCACCCCAUGGAGGACCCUAUGCCUAACGCUGCUGUGGGGCAGGACCGCUUUGAGAAGGCGUAUCUGCUGCUGCUGGGGCAGCUCAAUGCUGUCACUGAGGAGCUGGCCCGCACCCGGGAGGAGCUGGGGAGGAGCAAAGCAUCUGCUGAGCACGAGGAGAGGAAACCCCUGGAUUUCCUUAAGAGAAGGAACAUCGCUGAGAUGCUGGGACUGGGCAGGAGCCCUGAGAAGGCGGCGGGGGAUGACUUGAAGCACGCCUACGAUGCGGUGCAGGUGGCCAACAAGCUGUUGGUGAGCCAGCUGCAGGAGGAGAAGCAGCACCACGAGGAGGAGGUGGAGGGGCUGCACCUCGACAUCCGUUCACUCAAGCAGCUGAGCCAGCAGCAGGCAGCCCUCAUCCAGGACCUGCAGAGGCACCAGGGCCAGGAGGGGCUGCAGCACCACGUUGUGCGCCUGAAGGAGGAGAACUGGGAGCUGUCCCAGAAGCUGGAGAGACAGGAGAGGACCACGCUGAAGCUGCAGAAGCAGCUGAGAACCUACAUGAAGCAGAUCCAGGAGUUUACAGCAAUGAAGAAAGAGCCCCCCACGCCGGGGCAGGAGCCAGCAGCAUCCCUCAGGGUCCCAUCCUCAUCAGGGCCGCCCCAGGCCAUGCUGGCAUGGAGGCUGGAGGACGAAGGGCGCAUCAUCAAGGCCAUCAUCACAGAUUAUCGCCUGCAGAGCAGCCCUGGGGCAAUGCCAGAGCUUCCAGCCUACGUCCUCUUCCUCUGCAUCCGGCACGCAGACCACUGCCGUGAUGAGCCACGUGCCCACUCACUGCUGGAUGCAGCCAUCAAUGCCAUCAAGAGGGUCAUGAAGAAGCACAGUGAUGACUUUGACAUGGUGGCACUCUGGCUUGCAAAUGCCUGCCGGCUCCUGAACUGCCUGCGUCAGUACGGCCGGGAUGAGAGCUGCCACCAGGGGAACACAGCACACCAGAAUGAGCAUCGCCUGCGCAACCUGGACCCUCAGGGCCCCUACCACAGCCUGGGAGCGUUGGCAGUGCAGCUGUACCAGCAGCUCAUCCGCACGGCUGAGAAGCGCCUCAAGCCCAUGAUUGUCUCUGCAAUGCUGGAGAGUGAGACCAUCCAAGGCCUCUCCUCCUCCUGCCCUCCCACCCACCGCCUCUCCUCGGCCCCCCCAGCCCACACGCUGCCCGAGCUCCUGCAGCAGCUGGGCUCCUUCCACCACACGCUGGAGCAUUAUGGGCUGUCCCCAGCCGUGGGGCAUCAGCUGCUGCGCCAGCUCCUCUUCCUCAUCAGCGGCACCACCCUCAACUUCCUGCUGCUGAGGAAGGACGCCUGCUCCUGGAGCCGUGGCAUCCAGCUCAGGUACAACGUCAGCCAGGUGGAGCAGUGGCUGCGGGCGCAGGGGCUGCAGCAGAGCGGUGCCCGUGAGAUGCUGGAGCCUCUGAUCCAGGCUGCUCAGCUGCUGCAGGUGAAGAAGGCGACAGAGGAGGACGCGGCGGCCAUCUGCAGCCUGUGCACCGUGCUGACCCCACAGCAGGUGGUGAAGAUCCUGCGGGCGUACACCCCGACUGCUGGGCUGGAGGAGCGUGUGAGCCCUGCCUUCAUCAGCAGCGUGGAGAACCGACUGCAGGAGCAGCAGGCAGAGGGACCAAGCCAGCUCCUGGUGGACACCAGCCACUUCUUCCCUGUGCAACUGCCCUUCAUCCCCUCCCCGCUGCACCUGGAUGAGCUCUGCAUCCCCAACACCGUGGACCUGGCCUUCCUCGUGCGCCUCUGAGCUGCAGGAGGACCUGGCGGGGUUGGGGUGCAGCUUUGUGUGAGAUGUUUGUUGGUUGGAACCCGGCCCUGCUGCCUUUGGCACGGCCGUGAUGAUCUUCAC